CAAUUCGUCCCUCCUGUCCAUCGAUUCUGUCAUCCAGUCAUUCAUUAGCAUCGGCAUAAUUCUUCAAGCUUAUAUCCUGCGCUUGGGCUACGGCCAGUGACAUAAAGUACACCCUGCUCUUUUCAAGGCCGAGCGUUUCAAAUAACCUUCAACUUACUUCAAUUUACCUCACACCAUCCUCCCCGCUUGCAUACUAUUCUUAUUACCAACCAACUCUAUCAACUCUAUUCACCACAUCCUUGGCCACAUCUCCUCGGGAACACGGCAGUCAAUCCAAACAAAUAAACAAUCCUUGGCUUUGCUGCCGCUUCACGAUCCCCUCUACCCGAGCCCCUCAACGUACCGCCGCCUACGGUAUCGGUAUCUUGUCCUUCAGGCGACAGCCCAACCCCGCCACUUCACUGGUGAAAGCAGCCUAGGACAAGCUACCUCCUACUGUACUUCUCCCCGCCUCGACCCACUGCGCACCGCUCACUCAACACACUCACCGAGUGCUACUUCUCCAAACCUACCAUCACUCUUCAAAUCCAUAAACAUCAAAAUGGCCACCGUUGAAACCAGUCCCAAGGCCAUUCAUGCGCCUCCCGCGCCGAGUGCGCGACGUCCUAAAGGCAUCUUGAAGAACUCCUACCAAAAGUCUCCACCAGAGUCACCCGUCAAAGAAAAAGACAUGUCCGAAAAAGAACUCACCAUUCUCAACACCCAGACGAAUGCCGGCCAUCGUCGAUCGUCUAGUAGCGCCAGCCGACCUGGAGGCAGCCGCCGCCGAUCGUCGCGCACAUUCUCCCACGGCGGAGCAGACGACCCGGCCGGCAACCAACGUCUACAAUGGGACGAGGCAAAUCUAUACCUGACGGAACAGGAGCGCACAUCGACCAUGAAGAUCACCGAGCCAAAGACACCCUACGCCCGACAUUACGAGCCGUCAGAGGACGAAGACGACGAGAUGGCCGAUGGGGAUCCGAUAUCGGGGUUUUCACUGGGCGAGCCUGAGGAGGAGAUCCCUGACUCCGGGUUCGCGCGAAAGCAGAGCAAGGUUCACGUUAGCGACGAGGAUGCCACGCCCCAACAUGACGCUGAGCAAGACUACAUCGGCAUGACACCCGAGGAGAGGGAGAAGCACCGCAAAUUCGAGCAGCUGAGGAAGAAGCACUACGAGAUGAAGGGCGUUGCGAAAUUCCUCGGCCACCCGGAAGAGCUCGACGACAUGGAUGAGAACGACGACCCGCCACCGAUGCCUACCAUUAAUGGUGCCGAGGUUCGCGCUGACGACUAGCAAGGGCGCGCGAGCACCCCCGGCCUCGGAGGAGGAAGCGGAAGACAGAGACAGAGAUACGGCAUACUAAGGAAAGGUCGAAGGAUAUUCCCAGUUGAACAUGGAAAGGGAUGAUGAACAGGGUUCUAUCGCGGAUGUCCUCGCGAACACCAAUGCAUAUUAUAUGGAAUU